GAGAAAAUUCUAAUAUUUUAUUGUGUUUUUACGGUAACAUUUUAAAGUAUAUACCUCGACCCUUUCUAUAUGGUUGAUGAGGACUCUCGUAUAUAACUGCAGCCUCUGCAUUGCCAGCAUAACAAGUACUACUGGCUAGAUCUCAAAUCUAAUUACUAAUGUACUUUAUAGAUUUUUCUGACAUUAAAUCUGAUAUCAAAUCAUCAAUGAUACACUCCAAAUUUAUUUGGUUUCUAGAUGGUUGCGUUUAAUUUUGUUUUAUACAGAGAUCACAAGAGUUGACCUAAAUAAGUUUAUUAGUCUCUCUUAAGUCUUAAUCAAUUUAGUUUCUAUAAUUUAGAAACAUUCAUCCAAUAAAUAAAUAUAAUUUGUUGUCUUUCCUAUCUGUUAGCAUUUGUGAAUACGAAAUUAUUAUUUAGAAUGAUUCCAAAACUUGAACAUGAUUGGUUGUUUCACACUGGUUCGGAACUUAUAUUUCGUACACAUACACACUUGUAUAAAUAGGUGUAGAUGUAUGCAUCUACUACUAUUCAUUUCAACGCUAAGGUACAAAUCUCUUUCUAUCUCUAACUCUCACUAAAAAUCCGCCAUGCCGGCUCAAGUGAUCACUGAGCAGACCUUUCAAUCCCUCCACGACACCAUCAUGGAGGAUACAAAUUCAACUUUAUUUCAUAAGAGGUUGGAAGGAAAAGUAGCCAUCAUAACCGGAGGCGCACAUGGGAUCGGCAAAGCAACCGUCAAGCUAUUCGCGAGACACGGUGCCACGGUGGUGAUCGCUGACGUGGACGCCACAGCCGGCUCCUCCCUGGCUAAAUCGAUCUCAUCAUCCCAAGUCGCCUUCAUAAGCUGCGAUGUGUCGGUCGAAGCUGACGUGGAAAACCUAGUGAACGUGACCAUCGCGCGUUACGGUCGACUUGACGUGCUAUUCAACAACGCAGGAGUUCUCGGGGACCAAAAGAAACACAAAAGCAUAUUAGACUUCAACGCUGAAGAGUUCGACCAAGUGAUGCGUGUGAACGUGCGAGGCGCAGGGCUAGGCAUGAAACACGCGGCACGUGCCAUGAUCAAAAGAGGCUUUAAAGGUUGCAUAAUCUCGACGGCGAGUGUGGCCGGCGUGAUGGGUGGAAUGGGCCCACAUGCUUACACGGCGUCGAAGCAUGCGAUCGUUGGACUGACCAAGAACGCAGCUUGUGAGCUUGGGAGGUAUGGGAUUAGGGUUAACUGCAUAUCACCAUUUGGAGUUGCUACGUCCAUGCUGGUGAACGCGUGGAGGAAGACGAGUGGAUGUGGUGACAUGGAAGAUGGUGAUGAUGUAGAGGAGAUGGAGGAGUUCGUGAGGAGUUUGGCUAAUUUGAAAGGAGAGACAUUAAGAGCGACGGAUAUAGCUGAAGCGGCGUUAUAUUUGGCGAGUGAUGAGUCAAAGUAUGUUAAUGGACAUAACCUUGUUGUUGACGGGGGUGUUACGACUGCGAGGAACUGUGUUGGUUUGUGAUGAUAUGUCUCUUCUCUAAUUAAUCUGAUAAUUAACUGGAUUUGGUAAAUCUUUUUGUUCUUUUUUGUUUGCGUCUUUGAGUUGUUGGAAAUUGCUGGUGAAUCAAUAAAACAGUGAUUUUAAUCA